AUGGCGUUGAGACCGAAACGGAAAACUGGUGGUGGGUCCCAAAGCUUUGUGGAACGCGGAACUAAGGGUGUAAAAACGCUCUUGGUAGAUUCAAAGCGGAAAAGAACACAGGCAUUUACUUUUGGAUGUAUUGCGGCUGUAUUGACUGUAGUAUGGAUGCUACAAGGUUAUUUUACACAGAAGACGUACCAGGACCGGUUUUUCCCUGCAAUACACGGUCAUUAUGUGACAGAGAUUAGUACGACGCAGCCGCUGAUCUUCCCGGCCAUCGAAAAUGCACCAAUGCUCAAGGAAUUGAAUCUUAGAAACCUUCACACCUUGCGAAUCGAUGUGGAGGGCAACAAGAAAUUCGUUCUUAAGGAAAGCGAUAAGCCCGCGACGGAGAAAGAAUUGAAAGAGAUGACGGACAAGUACGAAAUUGUGAAACACAAUUAUCUGGACCAUGGCAAACUCGUGUACCGCAAGGGCUCAGACUCACCAGAAGUUGUGGUCGUCACACUCGUGGACUUCGACAACUACGAGGUUGAAACUCUGCUCCAUGUGGUCCAAAACAGAGUCGACUACGCUCAAAGACACCGCUACGGGGUCUACACUCGGUGGGCCCAGGAAUUCAUUCCAACAAUUAACAAUCAGGACUUGAAAGAAUCCUACGAAUUCCUGAAGCCGUUGAUGAUACGGGCUGCCAUGCAUGCAUUCCCCAGGGCCAAAUAUUUCUGGUUUUUAGACCAAGACGCGUUGAUUAUGCGCAUGGAUCGUUCCUUACAAACGCAACUGCUUGACCAGAAAAUUUUGGAUCUAGCACUUUUGAAAAACGUUCCUGUUGUCAAGGAUUCCAAUAUCAAGACUUACAACCACUUUGUUACUGAACGUGCUGAGGUGAUUAUCCCUCAAACCAACGAGGGCCGUUUGGACUCUUCAUCGUUCAUUUUCAAGUCUGGUAUCUACAGUAAAGCACUUCUGGACUACCUGGGUGAUCCUUUGGUGCGUGGAUACAGUUGGUCAAGUUUUUCCGAUAGUAUCGCACACGCGUUACAAUGGCAUCCUAGUUUCUUGGCCAAGACUGCACUAGUCGUACCAAAGACUAUUGCCAGUGUCUACGACCCUACCAAGUCGACAACAGAAAAAGCCGGUAUCGACGACUUCCACUACAUCAAGGGUGAUUUCGUAGCCUCGUUCGAGGGUUGCAAGGCCAGAGAUUCUUGUGCUCAAGACGUGGAACUCUUUUACCCUCUCGUACAAAAAUGA